AUGGGUUAUAUUUUAAUCUUUGGUUUUGUUUCGGCAAUGUUGUUGAUCGUUAAGGCUGAUGCUACUAGGGUUCAUGGAGUUCUGAGAGGAAUUGAUAUAAAUCAAGAAACUGGUUUUGAUGAGAACUAUGUGGUUACAUGGGGACAAGAUCAUGUCUUGAAAUCUAACCAAGGCAAAGAUGUUGAGCUCUCCAUGGAUUAUUAUUCAGGUUCUGGCUUUGAGUCCAAGAACCAUUACGGAUCAGGUUUUUUCCAAAUGAGAAUCAAAGUGGUUGGAAACAAUUCUGCUGGCGUUGUCACUGCCUUUUACUUGACUUCUAAAGGAGACACCCAAGACGAGGUUGACUUUGAGUUCUUGGGAAACAUAGAAGGCAAACCAAUAACAUUACAAACAAAUGUGUAUACUCAAGGUAGAGGAAACAGAGAACAAAGAUUUAGUCUUUGGUUUGAUCCAACCAUUGACUUCCACACUUAUGGCAUUCUAUGGAAUCCAUACCAUAUAGUGUUUUACGUGGAUAAUAUCCCAAUAAGAGUGUUCAAGAACAACACAAGAGAUGGCAUGAGCUAUCCAUCGAAGCCUAUGCAAGUAGUGAGUAGCUUGUGGAACGGUGAAAAUUGGGCAACAGAUGGUGGUAAAACCAAGAUUAAUUGGACCUAUGCUCCUUUCAAAGCACAUUUCCAAGGUUUCUCCGAAUCCGGCUGUCAUGUGGAUGAGCCGAGAAAUGUUUCUGAAUCUUGCGGUUCAUCGAUGUAUUGGUGGAACACCAUGAGGUAUAGAUGGCUAAGUGUCUAUGAGCAGAAGGUUUAUAAAAAUGUAAGAGAGAAAUAUAUGAACUAUGACUAUUGUUCUGACCAAGCUAGGUUUUCUAUUCUUCCUAGUGAAUGUCGAUAUAAUCAAAUGUAA